AUGGCAGAUAACUCUGCUGAAGUGGCCGAGGACUAUCGGCAGGCCCUGGAGGACCUGACGAUGAACUCACGCAUUGAGAUUGCAACCUUGACCAACAUUGCUCGCGAAAAUGCAAACCACGGCCUUGCAAUCGCAGAGGUUCUGAUCAACCAUAUCAAGAAGGCACCACCAUCGAGAACCUUGCCGGCACUGUAUGUGCUGGAUUCGAUAGUCAAGAAUGUCCCCACCCCGUAUGCUCUGUACUUCGGGCCCAAACUUUACUCGAUCUUUAUGGGUGCCUACACUAAAGUUGAUAAUGCUACUCGCCGCAAGAUGGAUGAGAUGCUCAAGACAUGGAAAGAGCCCGUUCCAGGAUCGCUGUCGACAAAGCCCGUCUUUCCUAUUGAACAGGUUCGCCCUAUCGAGAAUGCCUUGAUCGCCGCCAGGAAUGCAGCCAUGGCUGCCAAUCAGAACAGUUAUCAGGGUCAACAACAGCUGCUUCGAGGUCGACAGCCAGUUCCCAGCAGGGACACACCAACGCCACCAACUGGCAGACCCUACCCCCCACCUCCUCAGGGGCAGGCCCCCUAUCCUGGUCCCAAUGGCCACCAACAGCUGGGCGCAGUGCCUUCUAAUGCCCAGCAGCCGUAUCCAGGCCAUCCUCCCGUCAGCGGACCCAACCCAAUUCCUCCGCGUGCAACAACACAACCGGCUCCUCCAGUUGGGGGUUAUGCUGGAUACCAACCGCCGGCGGGGCGGGAUGUCUAUGGCGCCCAGCCAGCAGCCAUAAGCAUAGACAAGUUGAAAGAUGAUAUCCAGCAACUUAUUGUUGCGGAAAAGGCGGAGUUUGCACAGGAUCCACUUGAUACUAGUAAACAGACAAGACUGAAGGCAUUGCUGGACCUGCAAGCAAUUAUCCAGAGCCAAGACAUGCCUCAGGAGCAGUUGAUGAUCAUAAGAGAUCGAGUUGCUGAACUUGCCGUAAACAAACUGCGCCCACAGCCGCAGCCAGCGUGUCCUCCAGUCACUGCUGCUGCUGGACCGGCCGUUGCUGUUGGUGCUGCUGCUCCAGUUGGAGCUGCCCAUGCUCUUUUGUCGCCAUAUACCGGCACUUCUCCUACCGCAACUACUUCACCAAACCCAGUUGUGCCUCAACAACCAACUCCCAUUCCGCCGGCAGCAGUUGCUGUGGUCGCAGCAGCUCUGGCUCGGCAACCUUCCGUACCAACGGCGACAGUACCACCCUCUCACCCUUCCGUUCCUCCAACAACAUCAGGAGGGACAGGCAGUAGCGGCGGCGGUAUAUCUCUUGAUUCUCUAUUUGGCAAGGGUGCUUUGGCCACCCUCUUGCGUAUGAACGCCACGACACCUCAACAAACAACAGUGCCACAGCAAACAUCACCACCUGCUCCUCCUCUUCCUCCUCCUCCUGUUGCUGCUCCUGCUACGACUGGUAUUCCGCCCUCGGCGGUUGCAACGAUAGCGGCGGCUCUCCAAGCUGCACCAACACCACCUCCGGCUGCACAGCAGUCACAGCCUUCAUCGCAACAACAUCCAGCUGAUCCUUCCAGGCCAGGAGCCCCUGUUCUGCCCCAGGAUCCCGCCGCAUUGCUGGCCAUUCUUAGACAGUCUGGACUGCUCAAACCGGCAGCGACGGCGACCCCUCCAGUUGAUACUGGUAUCCAAUUGACUCCUGCUUCACUGAAAAUCUACCGCCCGCAUCUUAUUCCUCAACUUCUCGAAAACCUUGGUCCUCCAUGUACACAAUGCGGCAGGAGGUUCAAGACAGAUGAAGAGGGCCGGCGUAGGAAGACAGCGCACAUGGAUUGGCACUUCCGGGUGCACCAGCGCAGCGCCGAAGCAGAGAGAAGAGGCCAGCAUCGAAGCUGGUACGUCGAUGAGCUGGAUUGGAUCCGUUCUCGGGAGGCUAUCGACACCGAGUACAUCACUCCAGCCCCAGGCCAAGACGACCUCACUUCGGCCACAACUACUCUUCCGUAUCACAUUGCACCGUUCCCUCCGACGGGCUCGUCGUCUACAAAGACUUCUACAUCCUUUGGACCCGGCAGCAAAGUGCCUUACCUCCCUGUCCCCGAAGAUGCUGCCUCCCGCGCAGCAAACAGUACAUGCCCAAUCUGCCAGGAAAAGUUCGAAAUGAAGUGGCUCGACGAGGCCCAGGAAUGGGUCUGGACCGAUGCCAUCCGUGCUGGACCCCAGGGGAGGGUAUAUCAUGCUAGCUGUCACCGCGAAGCGGCAGGGGCUGUCUCAUCAACGACUACCAGUGGCAACAAUGGCAAGGGCGUUUUGGGGAAGCGGAAGGCAGAAGAUGAGGGGAAGAAAAGGAUCAAGACAGAGCCUUUUUACUAA